UCUCGGAUAUCCCAGGCUUAGCACUAGUCUAGGCUAGCACUGAAGAUUGGCUUAUGCAACUCCCGUGCGAUGGUUCUAGCUGCGGUUAUUUAUCAUUACAAGCACAUACACGAGCAUUAAUCUUUCCCUAAGCGCAUUUCAGCUUUUCAGUAGCUUCUGGUAAUACGUGAUCAAAAACAUCAGCGUGGCAUGACUGCGGAAACGAUAAGUCGACGCGACGUGUAUCACAACUAAACCUUGGAGACAAACGAGCGAGGAAAUCAUGGCGAUUUAGCGCCACGAUAUCAGAAAAACAACAUGAUUCAGGGCAUAUUUUAUGCGAGGUUCUUGCCUCAAGAGGGCACAAAGGUUGUGGCUCAAUCGCCUCCAGGCUGUAUUGUAGCCUCACAGUUCUCGUUACAUGCAAAGCCGCCGUUGGUGGACUUCGACAUCAUCCAAGAAUACAUCAUUCCGCGCAAGGCAUUCUUCAACCGUUUUAUAACGGUCAAUACUCCGGACAACAAGUACAGUAUCUUGGGGUUUCCCGUUUCAAUUCAGCAUGAAAGAUACAUGCGGAAUGAAUUCAUUUUCAAUUUCGGUCUCGUGGUCGAAUCUGAUUGCGAUUUCAUCCCUUAUGAGCGCCUAGUGCGAAGACUGGCAACCACCUUUGCUGAGAUGGAGAAGCAGGGUGGAUACCUUAGCUCCGAGGGCAUAGUGGACGAUGGAAGGAGACCGAUUGAAAGUUUGUUGGAAAUUGUCAAGGAAGAUCUAAACAAUUAUGGCGAGUGUAUGAUCCCAGUCGACGAAGCCAACACUAUCAACAUGAAGUUAUUUCCUUAUCAUCCACCUCCUCCACCAGUGCGCGGAUGGCACGUUCCGGUUCCAAAGAUGAAGCUUACAGAGAUCGUGGAUCCUACCUGGGACCUGACGCUACAAAAGCUGAUUCCUCAUAUUGACGGUGUCAAUGAUGUUCGGCGUAUUGCCUGGCUUGCUGAUGUGGCCUUGCCUUUGACGCAGACAGCUCUACAACAUCUCCUCUACUAUGAUACGAUUCUUCUUUUGGACAUGUUCUUUUUCAGCGGGUGUUACGCUCCGCGCCCAGCCAUCCACGAUUUCAUUGCCAACCGAGAUGGAUUAGUAGACGAAUGCGCUGGGUACGUCUGCGUAGGAAGCUUUGUUCCUAGCAAAAAUGGUUCAGCUCCCAGCGCCAUCUCUACUUCCACUACCCCCCGAGCUACAAGCGGUAAAGCUGCAAUCAACACCACUGGCGACAAUGGUAAACCAUCAUCUAAUGGCCUUCUCACCUCGCAGAGAGUUUCCAACUUUCAAUUGAUUAAAUUGAUGACGACAUUCUGUGUUGGUCGUUCGGUUAUGGAGUGGAUUAAGCUGCAUCAAGACUCGGGCUUCCCAAUCCUGAGCCUCAUAGAUGUGCGGCGACUCGUCCAGUUCGGUGUAAUAAAAGGUUUACUUUACCGCGUGCACAAGUACGUCGUGUCGAAGCAGUACCUUGCUCUUCUUGCGUCAGGACAAGCCCAGCCAGUGAAAGGCCACGAACGGACUCGAGUAAAACCAAGUACUUCGAACGGCGAUGAUAAUAGCGAUGACGCCAAUGGAAUAUUGAGUGUUGAUUCUUUGCAGAAGUAUACGGACGGAUGCCAUUCAUUUGAUCAGAUCAUCACAGAGCAGAACAUGACAGCGCAUGAGAUUGUUGAGAAACUGAAGAGCAUUCCACCAUCUGGAGAUCUGACGCUCUUCUACCGCUAGGGGAAGCUGGGACAAACGAAGUUGAGGCAACCGUUUUCUAUUCUGGGUAUGUGCGGUAUGGAAGCAAACGCUUGUGCUAUGGGGUUUUGUCACGGAUUAUUCAGUAUCGAAUACGAGAUGUAGCUCUCUUGAUGACUUGCAAAAUACAUUCUUCGGCAAAUCAAGAACCUGGGACGCUUCCAUUAGUGUAAACUUGAUAGCAGGCAGUCCGCAUCAUGAUCAUCAGCGUAUCAAUGUAGAAAGAUUCUUGCCUGCGUCUAGAUGCGACUUUGCAACGAAUAUACUUGCACUAAAAAUGAUUCCGGUGAUCACGACAUUGAAG